AUGCUCGACCAAAACAACCUCAACCCAUCCUUCGCACACCUCGCCUGUUCUGCCCUGCCCAAACAACGACCCAAGACCAGGCCAGCAAAGCACACCCACGACGUGCAGCCACACACACCCCUACCCGCUCCUCACGAUACCUCGCCCGUACAUGACCCCAUUCCCGUCUCCGUCUGGGCGCGAGCGGAUUCCCACCCGGACCUUGGUCUUUGGUCACGGUCUCACUCUCCCUCUCCCGGCGCGGCUCGUUCCUCGUCUGCCUCCACUCGCCGUCAUCGCGAAGCCAGCAGCCCCAGCCCCAGCCCCAGCGUCGUCAGCACCGGGGCCGGCUAG